CAAAACACACACAUAAAAUGGGGAAGGAUGAUGUUAAGCUUUUGACCAUGUGGGCUAGCCCAUUUUGCAUGAGGGUCAAGGUUGCUUUGGCUGAGAAAGAAAUUGCUUAUGAAGAGAUUCAAGAGAAUGAUUUGCUGACUUGUAAGAGUGAUUUGUUGCUUACAUCCAACCCGGUCCACAAGCAAGUGCCUGUCCUCUUUCAUGACGACAAGCCGAUUUGUGAAUCCACCAACAUUAUCACCUACCUCGAUGAAGCUUUUCCUGCCAAACCGUUGUUCCCAGAGUGUGCGUAUGGGAGAUCCCGAGCUAGGUUUUGGGCUGACUACAUUGACCGCAAGGUCCAUCCGGCGGGUCGUGCCAUUUGGAGCACAAAAGAAAAGGAUGAAGUAGAAGCUGCUAAGAACAAUUUCCUCGAGAUCAUGAAGUAUUUGGAUGGAACAUUGGGUGAUAAAGAUUACUUCAAUGGAGACAAAUUUGGGUUUGUUGACAUACUUCUCAUUGGUCUAACCACAUGGUUCCCAGCUUAUGAAAAGUAUGGCGACUUCAAGUUGGAGGAUCACUACCCAAAACUGGCAGCAUGGAUCACGCGAUCAUGGGCUAGAGAAACCGUUUCUGAAUCUUUAACUAGUCCGGAAAAGAUCACAAACAUUGUUAUAAUGCUGAGGAAGAUGCAUGGUUUGGAGUAACUCAAGAAUAUUUGCUGGUUUCAUAAAAUAAUAAUAAUAAUAUGUUGUGGAUUAGGUCUCUUCAUUGGGAGAGAGAUAAUAAGUGCAUUUCAAGUUCAUGUUUGAAAGCACUGAUGUUGCAUUUGAGGGGGAAUGAGUUCAAUCUAUGUUUCUACUUUUUGUUGAAUGAUAGUUAAGGAUUAUUGUUUGUUCCCAAUAA